GCAUAUUUUAGUUUAAAUUCCAGCAUACUGGGGUUGUUUAUACAUCUUGAAAGGCCAUAUUGGACUGGGAAUGGAACUGCUCCACAGAGUAAGAGUUUCCUAGAACCGGAAAAAAUAUCUGAAACUUCAGUGGUUUUCCACAUGGUGGUGUUGGUGUGCGCGGUAUUCGGUUUCCUGACCAGCAUCGUGUUGUUGAUAGGAAUUUAUUUUGAUCUCAGAGUUUUAUUCGUACCUUGGAUAUUUGCAAUAAUCAUAGCAACUACUGUUGACGUCACACAUUCAAUAUAUUUAUAUGGAAAUAAUACGCCAUGCACAGACUCAUGGUUCCAGGAGUGGACAUUAAAAAUUAGUGCCAACAAGAUUUUUGAAAUCCAGGUACAGGCAAUUUUUUUAAUUUUAUAACAGUUCUUAGGUAAA